UUUUUUUUUUUUUUUUUUUUCCAAACCGUACAAAAUGGCGCGACUUCGAGUGCCUGAUUCCGAUUCGUCGACGCGCAGUGGCCGCUCUGCGACGCCCGCCAAUGCAACCGCAGCCAGCGACGCUGCUUCCGGUACCCCUGCGACGCCCAGCAAGCGCGGUGCUGCGUCCAAGUCGCCUGCCCGUCGCAGCCGAUCUCCGUCGCGCUCGCGCUCGCGGUCUCCUUCGCGCUCUCGAUCCCGCUCGCCCUCCCGCAAGUCCACCAAGACGGUCGCCGCUGCCACCACGACUGCUGCUGCUGCUGCUUCUCCUGCAAAGAGCUCACGGAGCACCCGUGCCAAGCAGCUCGUCGACAAGAACGGCGAGGCCAUCACCACCACCUACGAGUGGGGUGGUCCGAUCGGCGCCGGAUUCCUCAUCCCAUUCGUCCCGUUCGUGGCGGCAGCGUUGCCGGUGCUUUGCAGCCAAGAUUACUGCCUCGAGUGGAAGACAAUCCUCACGCCUGCUGUCCUGUGGGCGCAACUCUGCGAGCAAUUUGGCAAACAAGAGCUGUCCGAUUGGGUCUCGCUCAAGGCGUUUGCAGUGUACGUCGCCUGGUUCCUCUUCCAGGUGGCCCUGUACCUGUACAUUCCCACACGCAAGGCUUUGGGUGUUCCGCUCAAGGAUGGCAAGCGUCUGGAGUAUCCCUUGAAUGGUCUGGCCGCUCUUGUGGUGAGCGUUGUGGUCGCUCUGAGCCUGCAAGUCAACUUCCCCGUCCUCGAAUUCCUGUACGAGAACUUUAAGCAGCUGCUGGCUGCCUCCGUCAUUUUCUCGACGCUUCUCUCCAUCUACCUGUUCGUGUCGGCUGAGAUCAAGGGCACUGGCUUUGCGCUGGGCGGCAACUCGAAAAACCCCAUCUACGACUUUUGGAUUGGCCGCGAGCUCAACCCUCGCAUCGGUUCGCUCGACCUCAAGUACUUUUGCGAGCUCCGUCCUGGCCUCAGCCUGUGGAUGCUGCUGAACAUUGCCUUUGUGUACCACCAACACUCCCUCCAGGGUGGAUUCACGGCCCAAUCCGUCACGCUGAUUCUUGUCUCGCUGUUCCAUGCCUACUACAUUAUCGAUGCCCUUCUCAACGAGGAAUCCAUUCUCACGACCAUGGACAUUACCUCCGACGGCUUUGGUUUCAUGCUUGCCUUCGGCGAUCUGGUGUGGGUUCCCUUCACCUUUGUCAGCUCGUCGCGCUACCUGGCCUUGUAUCCCAACACGCUGCAUCCGAUUCACAUUGCCAUUGUCCUGGCCUUCAAGUUCACUGGCCUCUACCUCUUCCGCGGUGCAAACUCGCAGAAGGACACCUUCCGCCGCGACCCGACCCAUCCCAGCGUGUCCCACUUGAAGACCCUCACCACCAGCACUGGCCGUAAGCUUCUCAUCUCGGGCUUCUGGGGCAUGGCGCGCCACAUCAAUUACUUUGGCGAUUGGCUGAUGGCCGCCGCGUGGUGCCUCCCUGCCGGAUUUGUCCACGUCGUGCCGUACUUUUACCUCAUGUACUUUAUCCCCUUGCUGCUUCACCGCGAGCGCCGCGACGACGAGCACUGCCUGCACAAGUAUGGCAAGGACUGGAUCAAGUACCGCGACAUUGUCAAGUCGCGCAUCAUCCCUGGCGUGUACUAGUUGCACAAGCAAGGUGUUGUGCGAAUAAACAUCGAUUUUGGGUUGA